AUGGCGGUUGUAGAACCCAUUGUUGGUCAUUUACUCUCACAAUAUUCGGAAACGGUCCUGGAGGGCUUUGAAAAGAUUAAAAAGGACGCCGUCCAUGAUCCUCAGUUUGUCGAGCACUUUGUGAAUCACCCGCAGGGUCUGCAGAGUCUGCAGAGCACGCUAUGCCGGAGCGAAUUUGCGCUCUCGACGCUGCAAACCCUUAAUGUUCUGCUCAAAAGCUGUGAGCGGCUUGAAAAAGGUGAGGUUGGAUCCUCCUAUCAGGCCGGCCAUCGCACCCGAUUAAAUCUUCUCCGCGAGUUCUGCCGUGGGGAGGCGUUUAACGUCGUGAAGCGUGCGCUGUCGACGUUAUCCGAUCAAUCCCUGCCGCUUUGUUUGGCGGCGUUGGAGUUUUUAAGCGAGGCGGUGUUGCACGUCCCGCGGAUCGUCCUCGCGCGUUUCCACCACACCGUUCCCUUACAUCUCGCGUGUUUUCGCACCCCAUUGCCGUACGCCCAUCGCCGGGUUCGGGCUCCUCGUCUGCAGGUGUUGCUUCAUUUCGUCUCCUCGUCUCCCACGACGGUGUGCACGCACGGUUUGCUCACCAGCCUGAUGGAGGACGCGGCGGAGCUCCUGCAGGAGGGCACGGCUGCCGGGCUAGAUGCCGGGCGCGCCGCUUUACGCGUUUUUCGUGAGGCCUUCCUCCUUUCCCGCGCGAUUUCGAGCGCGGAGAAGCGACGGGUGUUGCUCGGGCAACGCCAUCUGCUUCGCCUCCUCGUGCGCGCCCUCGAAGUGCCCGCGAUUACGACCGAGGCGGCCACGAUCCUCUCCCACCUCGUGUCGGAGUUGUUGGAAUCCCCUGCCGAUUACGCCCGCAGCCGUGGCGAUUCGCUGGAGGAGAAAGGCAUGCCGAAUUACCUGCUUUUCCUUCUUCUUCGCCAGCUUCGGCCGAAGCAAAGCCCGGCGGCCGCGCGCGUCGUGGUGAGUCUGCUCAGCAAGGCGCCGGAGCUGAUUCGGCCGUAUUUCUCCCGCGUUUCCGUGCAUCUCGCGGAGGACGGCAACGCCCCACGCGUCGCCCCUUCCACCGCGCGCAUCGCCACGUUGAACCUCCUCACCCGUCUGAUGGGGGCGCCGAUGCCGUAUUAUCUGGCCUCGCACUGCGCGCGCUUCGAGCUCGUCCCGGCGCGGGCGCGCACCUUUUUCACCCUCACCCCACGCGACGUCGCGGAUGAGAUUUGCCCGCGCUGGGUUGCCGAGUACGUCCAUCGCGGGAUCAACGGCGCGACGGAUGGCCUCGGGCUCGUCUUCGCGAUGCAGCUCACCCACGCGGCGCUGCUCCGGGCCCGCGAGGUGCUCCACCACGUCGAGGCGAUCCUGCGCGCGGAGGCCCCCUCGUUUGCCCCCCCUGUUUCCCCCGACGACGACGCCCUCCUCUUCGCGGAUGAACGACGCACCGACGAGGCCGGGACCUUCGCGGCCGCGGUGCGCGCGAACCUCCUCCUCGCGCUCCCCCGCCGCGAGGAGUUUUGGCAUCGCCACACCCAACAACUCCGGCCGUGGCUGCUCGCGGGGUCGGCCGAGCGGGGGGCCCGCAUGGUGGGGUUCCUCCUCCCUCGGAUGUUUCUCCUCAUGCGGCUCUACACGGAGGUGUUCGACCUGCGCGAGGCCUGGGGGGGGGGGGUCCCGGUGAACGUCUUGCCCAGCCUCGGCCGCGGGAACGGGGACGCGGACGGGGCGUUUUCCCACGGCUGGAUCGCCCGCGCGUUGCGGGAGGGAAGGGAUUGGAUGAUGGGGUGGGCCCCCGACGCGGUCGCCGCGAUGUGCGCGCUUUUCACGAGCGCCCUCGCGCGCGGGGUGGGGAUGCCGCGGCUGCAUCACAUCACGAUGAGCCACCCCACCGGCGGGAUCACGGAGUGGCCGCUGUUGCUCAGCCUCCUGUUGUGGGUGGUGCACCACCGCGGUGCGGGAGGGGGAGAGGGGGGAAGGGGGAGGGGAGGGGGGAGGGGGGAGGGGGGAGGGGGGAGGGGGCCCCGAUUCCCCCCUCAAGCCCCUCGAACCCCCCCUGAACUCGCAGGGAAUCGCCGAAGCCGAGCGGAAAAUCGUGGGAAUCGCGAAAAAGGCGGAAUCGGCGCGGGAAAUCGCGCUGGCGGUGGGGUGGGUGGCGCGUUUGCUGCAGUGGGUGGUGCACGGCGCGACGGUGCGUUUCGUCUGCGGCUACGCGGAGGCGGUGAUGUGGGUGGAGGCCCUCACCCCGCGGAGCCUCCCGGCGCUGUUGCACACCCUCAACGCCCUCCUCCAACGCGGCCGGUCGAAAGCCGGGGAUCGCCUCGUGGAGGGGCUCGAUCCGACGCAUCCGACCUUUCGCGGCGCGAUUCUGCCGGCCGUCCGGAUGUUUCUCGCGAAGGUGGCCGACGGGGCCGCGAAAUCUGGCGAGAAAAUCGCCCCUUCGUCGGAAAAAAACGCGAAAUCGUUGGAGUUGUGGCGGGAGGACCUUCCUGGGAGCGCGGCCGCGUUGGCGGCGGUCGCGGAUGUGGUCGAGGCGCGGUGGUUCGAUCGACGCCGCAUCGCGGCGGGGUACCUCGUCGCCCUUCGGGACGACCGCAAAAACGCGAAAAAAGAAGCGGCAGGGUCGCUUUCCACGCCCGCUGCUUUCCCCGCGAUUGA